UCGUAGUUUUUCCUGUGGACUGAGAGCUGGGAGCCAAUCGGAAUGAGAGGGGCUGAUGACGCGAGUUGUUGGCGCCGGAAGUGCGCGGAGCGGCGCGAGGCGUCCGUGGUGGCGCUCGGUGCGACGCGGCCCCUGUGCUGGCGGCAUGUCCGGCUUCCGCGGGCUCGGGCUGGCGGCCUGGCUGGCGGAGCAGGCGCAGCAGCUGGGCAUCGGCCGCCCCACCCCGGUGCAGGCCGCCUGCAUCCCGCCCAUCCUGCAGGGUCGCGACUGUAUGGGCUGCGCCAAGACGGGCAGCGGCAAGACAGCUGCGUUCGUCCUGCCGGUCCUGCAGAAACUCUCUGAGGAUCCCUAUGGUAUAUUCUGCCUGGUGCUGACACCCACACGAGAGUUGGCCUAUCAGAUUGCUGAACAAUUCCGUGUUCUGGGGAAGCCACUUGGCUUGAAGGACUGCAUCAUCGUUGGAGGGAUGGACAUGGUGGCCCAGGCUCUGGAGCUCUCCCGUAAGCCUCAUGUUGUCAUUGCCACACCUGGCAGGCUGGCUGAUCACCUGCGCAGCUCCUGCACCUUCAGCCUCAGAAAGAUAAAGUUCCUGGUUUUGGACGAAGCUGACCGGCUGCUGGAACAGGGCUGUACUGACUUCACCAAGGACCUGGAGGUGAUUCUGGGGGCUGUUCCAGCGACCAGGCAGACGCUGCUUUUUAGUGCUACGCUGACAGACACGCUGAAUGAGCUAAAGAGCCUCGCCAUGAACAAACCCUUCUUCUGGGAGUCUCGGGCCGAAGUGCGGACCGUGGAUGAGCUGGUUCAGCGCUACCUGCUCGUGCCAGAGAGAGUCAAGGACGCCUACCUCGUCCAUUUAAUUCAGACCUUCCAGGAUGAGCACGAGGACUGGUCCAUCAUCAUCUUCACCAGCACCUGCAAGAACUGCCAGAUCUUGAACAUGAUGCUGAAGAAGUUCAACUUCCCGUCAGUGGCUUUGCAUUCCAUGAUGAAGCAGAAGCAGCGCUUUGCAGCCUUAGCAAAAUUCAAGUCCAGUGUCUUUAAGAUCCUCAUCGCCACGGAUGUGGCUGCCAGGGGCUUAGACAUUCCAACAGUCCAAGUUGUCAUCAACCACAACACCCCUGGCCUGCCGAAAAUCUACAUCCACCGGGUGGGCCGGACGGCCCGUGCAGGCCGGCACGGGCUCGCCAUCACACUGGUGACGCAGUACGACAUCCACCUGGUGCAUGCCAUUGAGGAGCAGAUCAAAACGAAGCUGCAGGAGUUCUCGGUGGAGGAGCGUGCGGUGCUCGGCAUCCUCACCCAGAAACUGGAGGCGACUGAUUUUGAUGAGAAGAAGGAAAUAAAUAAGCGGAAGCAAAUGAUCCUGGAAGGAAAGGACCCAGACUUGGAGGCAAAAAGGAAGGCAGAGCUGGCCAAGAUCAAGAAGAAGAACAAGCAGUUCCGCGAGAGGGUCCAGCAGACGCUUCAGGAGAAGAAACGGCUUCAGCUGAAGAGGAAACUGCAGAAGAAGGCGCGUGGGCAGCAGAGACGGUCAGCCAAGGAGGAGAAGUGAAAGCCCCAGGCACUUACAGCGUGGGAGUGUGGGAGCUGCUGCCCAUGGGCCAGGGCUGCCCAGGGUUCUUCCAAGCCCCUAGAUACCAUGUGUGGGGGGUUGAUGUGGAAGCUUCUGACUUGAAGGUGUUUGAAGGGAGAGGAUCGCUCUGCCAGUGUAACCCCUUUCCUUCUCCCUCCCCUCCAGAGACUCAGCUGCUUUGGCCCAUCCUCCAGCCUGACAUGGGCUGGUUGGGGCUCAAGGAGUGUCACUUCAGGGCACAUUCCCCCAGCCUCCAGGCACAAAAGAGGAAUCCAAACUCUUACCCCUUGGUGAACUGCUCAUGUUGAUUCUCGGUUUCUCACCUGCUUCCUCCCUUCCCAGGGCUGGUGCCAAUGUAAACAAGAGGGAGUGGCAGGCAGCUUCUCCCUGAGUCAGAGUCUAAAAACCCUGAGCCAAGGUCAGCUUGGUCCCUGGCUUCCUGGCUCCGCUGGUGGUGGUCUGAGAGGGUAAUAGCUAAUAGAGACGGGAGGAGCUCCAUCAGGGAAGCUGGUCUGGUGUGUUUUGUGAAAAUUUCCCUUCCUUCUAAUUUGUGUGACCCCUGUUACCUGAACCCUGUUUAUCCUGAGGCCCUUCUGAGGCUCUUUUCAGCUCUGUCCCCUGACCUGCAACUCCAGACCGCUCCCCGGCCCCCUCUGCCCUGGUCAGCCAUGUGAACGUCACGGGCCCCUCUUCCCUUCCGAGAACGGAGGUUUCCCUCCCCAGAGCCUGGUUUCAAUCCCAGUAUCCAACUCAACUAGUUCAGAGGUCUUUGAUUCACAUCUGAACAGGAUUCCCUGGCCAUCUCAGGAGCAAACAUCCUUCGCUCUAAACAACCCACAGCAGUUUGGAUCCUGUUCCCUCCCGCCCCGACACCUGCACAAGACUCCACAGAACGGAUGCUGCUGAUCCAAAAUGUUGCUGGGUUGCACCCUGCCCAAGGAAUAAGUGACUCUUGCACCAAGAAUGGCCCUGGAUGUCCCAUCGUGAAGACUUGACAAGAAUCAACAAACUUUAAACUCAAGGGAUGGUGCGGUGGGGGCACCAUCAGGGAAUGUGCUUCCCUCUGGAGCCUCAGAACUAGUCGCAGAUCUAUGGUGGGGGGCUUUCAGUUUUGCCUGGCUGGGCUAGAGCUCAGCUCCCAUUGCCUGGGACCAUCAGGGAGCUUUGGUGAUGGGGGAUGUUUUCUGUGACUAGCAUCUUCCCUGCCCCCAAGAAAUAUUUAUUUGCAAUAAAUAACUGGGUGUCUGGA